CAAGAGUGAAACAAGAAAAGUUGAGCGUGUCAUUGGCUGGCAAGAAAGCAUCGAGGCAGCAGGGGCAGACUUUGCUAUAAAAGUCAUGACGCAAUCCACGCGCGCACGCACUUAGAUAGACGGGACUCGAGCGGUCAUCUAGUCGUCUCACCCACCCUCUGGACAACAUGAGUGCCUCUGUGGCCGUGUACCGGAGCAUCUUCACCGAGGACCGCUUCAAGCAGGCCUACGGCUCCGAGGAGGACAACACGAAUGGAGGUGUGCGGCUGCGGGACAAGCUGGCCGAGCGGUGCAGGUGUUCACGGCGGGCGUGCCUCCACCUGCUCCGUCAGAGAGUCCCGAUAUUCAACUGGCUGCCGGGAUACCGCUUUAAAAAAUGCUUUUUAGGAGACACUGUCGCCGGACUGACAGUUGGCAUUCUCCACAUCCCGCAAGGGAUGGCUUUUGCACUUCUCACUUCUGUAGCACCGAUAUUUGGUCUCUACACGUCCUUCUUCCCUGUGAUCAUCUAUAUGAUUUUUGGCACUGGUCGCCAUGUAUCCACAGGUACAUUUGCUGUGGUAAGUCUCAUGACUGGCUCUGUUGUGGAGCAGCUGGUCCCCACACCUCUGGAGCUGAACUCAAGUUCUCCCGAAGGGGCCGAUUUUGAGCUCCAAAGGAUCGGUGUGGCCUCAGCUGUAGCACUUCUCUCUGGAAUUAUUAUGCUUUGUAUGUUUGGUCUUCAGUUGGGCUUCCUCUCCACCUAUCUGUCAGAGCCAAUUGUUAAGGCUUUCACCAGUGCCGCUGCUUUCCAUGUCACCAGCUCACAGCUGCAAAGCAUGCUAGGGCUCCGCCUUUCUCGCCACACGGGCACUUUCUCCAUCUUCAAGACUUUAGCGUCUGUGAUGGAGAACCUGCCUCAGACUAACAUGGCGGAGCUGCUGAUCUCCUUGGUAUGUUUGGCGGUUCUGGUCCCAGUGAAAGAGAUCAACAUGCGCUACCGACAGCGCCUGCGUACACCCAUCCCUGUGGAGAUCCUCACGGUGAUUAUUGCCACUAGUGUGGCUUAUGCUUUCUCUCUGGACUCCUUUUACGCCAUUGAGAUUGUUGGCCACAUUCCAGCAGGUUUCCCAAGGCCUCAGUUGCCUUCCUUGCACACAUUUCCUGACAUUGCUGGCGACACUGUUGCUAUCACCUUUGUUGGCUAUGCUGUGUCUGUGUCACUGGCAAUGAUCUAUGCUGACAAGCAUGGAUAUUCCAUCCAUCCGAACCAGGAGCUGCUGGCUCAUGGUAUCUCCAACACUGUGUCGUCCUUUUUCACCUGCUUCCCAAGUUCGGCCACACUCGCCACCACAAACAUACUGGAAAGUGCAGGUGGAUACACACAGUUCUCUGGCUUGUUCACCAGUCUUGUUGUACUAAUUGUUCUGCUGCUUAUUGGACCUCUGUUCCACUUCCUACCUAAGGCGGUACUGGCAUGCAUCAAUGUGACCAGCCUCAGGCAAAUGUUUCUGCAGUUCCAGGACUUACCGGAACUGUGGAGAAUCAGCAAAAUUGACUUUAUGGUUUGGGUGGUCACCUGGCUGUCUGUUGUGGUUCUCAACGUGGAUCUUGGCUUAGCCAUCGGGGUGGUGUUCUCAAUGAUGACUGUAAUCUGCCGCACGCAAAGGGCUGGUUGCUCCGUGCUCGGUCGUGCCAGCAACACAGAAAUUUACAGACCUCUGGAGAAUCAUAGCAAGUGCUAUGAGGUGCCAGGGAUGAAGAUCCUGACAUACAACGGACCUAUUUACUAUGGAAACCGUAGUUUUUUUAGGAAGGAGAUGAGUAGGUUGUUGGGCCUGACGCCAGAGAAGAUCCGCAGCCGAGAGAAGGCCCGAAAAGCUCUGGAGAAGCGUGAAAGAGAGACCAACGUUAACACGGUGGAAAGAGGAAUUGCAAACGCAUCAUUUUCUUCAGAAAAUGAGUUCUUUAAAUCAGAAGCAUCCGAGCAUGAGGUCCAGGUAGUGCUAAUCGACUGCAGCAGCGUGAUAUUUGUUGAUGUUGCAGGAGCGAGACUCUUUACUCAGAUGUGCAUUGAAUGCCAAAAAGUUGGAGUUCAUGUUUAUUUGUCCAACUGUAAUGAGAGUGUUUUAAAGAUCCUCACAUCAAGCGGUCUCAUGAACUACAUGAACCCCCAGCAUAUUUUCGUCACUGUACACGAUGCUGUGAUGUACAUUCAGCAGCAGAAGGAAAAACAUCCAGAAAACACCACGACUGUUUGGGUGUGAUGCAAAGUGGCAAAGUGCAAAGGCAAACCGAUGAUGGCUCAUGUUCCUCAAUCAAGUGCUUGGGACAGAAAUAGGACAAUCACAAUCGGACUUGUCAGUCCUGCAUUGGACGCAUGUUGUUAAUUGUGUUUCUAAGAAGCAGUAGCCUGUUGUAGCAUUAUUGAGGCUUUACAGUGUUACUUAUUGUAUGUAAGCAAAGCAUCGCCAUGCCAUCUAUGCUGGAUUUUUAACAGAGAAUAUUAUUUGAUUGUACUCCAGAGCCAAAUAUACUGAAAAGUGCACUGAACUGCUUAAAUACUUUGUAUAUUUAUAUAUUUUAUAUGUGCUUAAAUAUGAACACGUGUACAGGACAUGCCGUGCAAUACUGUUUGGUAUUUUUCUGCAACUGUUCUCCAGCGGCUGUUUUUAUAACAAAUAUAUCGCUUUUCAAGGAUUAUGAGACUAUAUUUUAUUAAA